AUGGUCGGACGUCUAGCUGGCAAAAACGCCAUCAUCACCGGUGCUGCGGGAGGCAUUGGUCUUGAGACGGCAAUCCUCUUCGCCAAGGAAGGCGCCAAUGUCCUCCUGGCCGACAUCUCCGAGCCCGCGCUGGAAAAGGCCGUGGCCAAGGUCAAGGAGCUCGUCCCCGCUGCCACUCGCCUAGAGACUCGCAAAUGCGACGUCUCCAAGGAGGCUGACGUCCAGGCCAUGAUCGAGUCCCUCGACAGCUGGGGCGGCCUCGACGUCAUCUUCAACAACGCCGGCAUCAUGCACGCCAACGACGACGACGCCAUCAACACCCCCGAGGCCAUCUGGGACCUCACCCACAACAUCAACGUCAAGGGCGUCUGGUUCGGCUGCAAGCACGCCGUCCUCGCCCUGCGCCGCAACAAAAAGACCAAAGGAUCAAUCAUCAACACCGCCUCCGUCGUCGCCCUCGUCGGCGCCGCCACCCCGCAGCUCGCUUACACGGCCUCCAAGGGCGCCGUCCUCGCUCUGACUCGUGAGCUCGCCAUGGUGCAUGCUCGCGAGGGCUUCCGCUUCAACAGCCUGUGUCCCGCGCCGCUCAACACCCCGCUGCUGCAGGAUUGGCUGGGUGACGACAAGGCCAAGCGCCAGCGUCGCGAGGUGCACUUCCCGACGGGCCGCUUUGGCGAGGCUGUUGAGCAGGCUCAUGCUGUCGUGUUCUUGGCUAGUGAUGAGGCUAGUUUUGUCAACGGCAGCGACUUUGUCGUGGAUGGUGGUAUGAGCAAGGCAUAUGUCACUGCCGAGGGACCUGCGGCACCGGCGCCCACCAACAACGCCCUGAAGUCUUCUCUGGAGUGA